AUGCAGUUCAUCCCCAUCUCCGCCCUUGCCCUCGCGGCCGUUGCCUCCGCAGCACCAUCCAUCCAGGCUCGUGAGGAGGGCCAAGUCCUCAUCUCCCUGCCACCUGGCUGCACCAAGGAGAACCUCUUCAAGUGCGCCCUCCACUUGGUCGGCACCGGUGCCUCCUGCGGCGCUGCCAUCAUCGAGGCCGGCGCCAACCCAGCUGCUGACCUUGCCUGUGUCGGCUCCGCUGCUGGUACUGCUGCCAACUUCGAUGAGUGCAAGAGCUGCAUCCCAAAGAAGACUGAGGUUGUCCAAAUCAUCCCUGCGAUGACGGAAGGAUAG